AUGGUCGUCUGCCUGACCGACGGCAGCCCGGAGACGUUUUGGGAAUGUGGAGAAGAGGACAAAAAUCGAGCACGAGCCCUGACGCUCACCGUCCGCCCCAACGGCACUACGCCCGUCCUGUUGGCCAUCUUCUUCGACAACGUGCGUGACGAGAUGUUCAGAACCAACGCCGUCCAAAUCCGAGCCAUGCUCCCCGACGGCUCGAAGCGCAAUUUGCAUACGCAGCAGCUGGACGUGCAGUUCGUCGGCUGGGUGAAGGCGUGCGUUUUCGGCGCGCAACAGGCCCAGAUCAUACUCCGUGUUGCUCACCGGAUAUCGGCAAAGCCGGGGCGAGUCGCCGAAGCUUCUGAAGCCCUCUCAAUCGCAUCAGCUGCUAUUUUCGUCUACCCAAAA